AUGGCAUCUCUGCCUCUGGUGGCCUCUCCUGCAGGGGUCUCCACCUGGCAGUGCUGGGGGCCCCACCUGAGCCCUCGCCUGAGACCUCGCCUCCCCUCUCCCCACUACGGGAUAUGCCAGGGCAGGUUUGGGGAGCACUUUGAGUUCGACUGCAAGAACUGUGUCUGCCUGGAGGGUGGAAGUGGCAUUGUCUGCCAGCCCAAGAGGUGCAGCCAGAAGCCUAUUACCCACUGUGUGGAAGAUGGCACCUACCUCGCCACAGAGGUCAACCCUGCUGACACCUGCUGCAACAUUACUGUCUGCAAGUGCAACACUAGCCUGUGCAAAGAGAAGCCUCCCGUGUGCCCGCUGGGAUUUGAAGCAAAGAGCAAGAUGGUGCCUGGCAGGUGCUGCCCCUUCUACUGGUGUGAGUCCAAGGGGGUGUGCGUUCACGAGAAUGCUGAGUACCAGCCCGGUUCUCCAGUUUAUUCCUCCAAGUGCCAGGACUGCGUGUGCACGGACAAGGUGGACAACAGCACCCUGCUCAACACCAUCGCCUGCACCCAUGUGCCCUGCAACACCUCCUGCAGCCCGGGCUUUGAACUCGUGGAGGCCCCCGGGGAAUGCUGCAAGAAGUGUGAACAGACGCACUGUAUCCUCAAGCAGCCUGACAACCAGCACGUCAUCCUGAAGCCUGGGGACUUCAAGAGCGACCCCAGGAACAACUGCACGUUCUUCAGCUGCAUGAAGAUCAACAACCAGCUCGUCUCGUCCAUCUCCAACAUCACCUGCCCAGACUUUGAUGCCAGCAUUUGUGUCCCGGACUCCAUCACAUUCAUGCCCAAUGGAUGCUGCAAGACCUGCAUCCCUCGCAAUGAGACCAGGGUGCCCUGCUCCACCGUCCCCGUCAUCACGGAGGUUUCGUACGCCGGCUGCACCAAGAGCGUCUUCAUGAAUCAUUGCUCCGGGUCCUGCGGGACAUUUGCCAUGUACUCGGCCAGGGCCCAGGUCCUGGACCACAGGUGCUCCUGCUGCAGAGAGGAGAAAACCAGCCAGCGUGAGGUGGUCCUGAGCUGCCCCAAUGGUGGCUCGCUGACACACACCUACACGCACAUCGAGAGCUGCCAGUGCCAGGACACCAUCUGCGAGUUGCCACCGAUACCUUCCCGACGGGCCCGGCGCUCCCCCAGGCAUCUGGGGAGUGGGUGA